GGGUCACCGGUUGCGAAAGCGGCAUCCAGAGUGUUGCAAUCCAACCCGACAUGGGUCUUCUGCAUGCCGCCCUUGGAUUGACAUACUUACCAGCUCGAUACACUUCAAAAGGUUCUCUCUCCAGUGCAUUGCCUUUUCACAAGACUGCAUUUUUGUAAGAUGUACAAGCAUCAAGUUCCCAGCAAUAGAGCUAUCGGGACAACUUUGCCGGUCUCGGGACCGCAAAGUGGGGCACCAAAUUUGACCUUUCCAAACGUCGGGAGCGGAUGCGGAAUGGGGUUGCCGGCCGAAGCAAGCAGCCCCAGCAAGCCCAUCCUACCUGUUGACGCCACUCCCGUCAGUGAAGUGGAAUUUAAACCAAAGUCCCAAACAUCAACGUACCAAAGUUCCUUAUUAGAUACGAUUAGAUACGAAGACCAAAUUACCUAGGUAUCCUAGAGUGGCCUUCCCUGAUAAGAGCGCUUACUGACUCCAAAUUCCUCAAAGACAAUUUCCGUUCAAGACGUAUUCCAAGUGUCACGACCAUGCGGUCCCAAGGGUAAUAAUAUGGGCGGGCACCCCCCCCCCCCCAUUGCAUCCCGUCCAUCUAGUUCCCGUCCCUUGUAAAAAGCUUGGCAUUUUAAAGGAACGAAGCUUUCUCGACUUCACACGGGAGAAACCAUGGCCAGACUAUCCCACUUGCUGGAAACGAAUCGUCUUGGGGCAUUGUGAUUCAUCAGAAAUCUUUAUAACCGUCACUGACUGCAUCUCAUGAAGUCUGUCUUCGCUCUACUUAAUAUCUUAAUAUGGCCUUUUUAUCAAUUCAUCUCGCAAAGUACCUAGCAACGUAAUUCAUCAUCCUGCAAUACGCAAUCAUCAAAAUGCAGCCACGGACAUGUAAUCACCUCCUCUCCAUAGAUCCCAAC